UGCGGAAAACUUGAAGCUGGUUGGGUUAUUUGGUUCUGGACUCCUCCAUGGCUACUAGCGGAAUCCUCAGAGCUAUCAGAUAUCAUCCAAUUUCUUCACGAAUUGCUGCCACCUAUCGAUCCCUUAGCACCUUGGUUUUAGCGGAGCAUGAAGGAGGUUCUAUUAAGGCUUCAUCAAUUAGUGCCGUUGAAGCUGCAAAUUCGAUAGGUAAUGAAAAUUCAGUAUCUCUACUGCUUGCUGGGUCAGGUCCAUCUCUUAAAGAAGCUGCUGAACAUGCUGCCUCAUGCCAUCCUUCCAUUUCUCAGGUGCUGGUUGCAGAAUCAGAUAAUUUUACAUAUCCUUUAGCAGAGCCAUGGGCUAAACUUAUCCAUGUGGUUCAUCAGAAAGGUGACUACUCACACAUUAUUGCGGCUUCAGGGUCAUUUGGGAAGAACAUAGUACCUCGUGCAGCUGCUCUUUUAGACAUUUCCCCAGUCACUGAUGUCACUGAAAUUAGUGAUUCUAAUAUUUUUGUCAGGCCCAUUUAUGCUGGGAAUGCUCUUUGUACCGUUCGAUAUACCGGUUCCAGCCCUUGCAUGUUAACAGUUAGGUCUACAUCUUUCUCCGUGGCCUCAACUUCAGCUGAUUCAAACUCCAAACCUGCAUCCAUUGACCAGGUGGACCUCUCAAACUUCAGUGAAGAUGAUGCAGUGGGUAAAUCAAGAUAUAUUAAACUUUCUUCUCAAGAGACAGAGCGCCCAGAUCUGGGAAAUGCACGUGUUGUAAUCACUGGGGGUCGAGCUUUGAAAAGCGCUGAGAACUUUAAAAUGAUAGAGAAGCUUGCAGAAAAACUUGGGGCAGCAGUUGGCGCAACUCGUGCUGCUGUUGAUGCAGGAUAUGUUCCCAAUGAUCUUCAGGUUGGGCAGACUGGAAAGAUCGUGGCCCCGGAACUGUACAUGGCCUUUGGCGUUUCAGGGGCCAUUCAGCAUAUAGCAGGAAUGAGAGAUGCUAAGGUUAUUGUAGCUGUAAAUAAAGAUGCAGAUGCGCCCAUAUUCCAGGUUGCUGAUUACGGACUUGUUGGUGAUCUUUUUGAGGUGAUACCCGAGUUGUUGGAGAAGCUGCCUGACAAAAAAUAGACUUCAUUUGCAAAUCAAGGCCAAGAAAUGGGCAGAUUCUUCUUUGCACCUUUAAGGCUAAAUCUCACACAAAGAUGAGAUAGAUUUCAUACAAAAGUUGCUUCUACUAGGCCUUGUGCCAUUCUUGUAAAUUCAUUCUGCUGACUGUGAUUUUAGAACAACACAGAAAACAAACAAUAGAAAAGGUCUCUCUCUCUCUCUCUGAUAGUUGAGCCCCUCAUAGCCGGCUGGAACAUCAACAUCGAAAUUGAUGGCUCGGGACAGAUCAUGUACGUAGCACCUGCAUUGUAGUCGUUCUUCAACUAAAUGGACUCAUGGUGUUGUUUUGGAAGAUCGAAUUGGACACAGCAAAUUCGUAACAUGCUUUCUAUCAAACUAACCAAGAAUGUCAAACCUUUAGUGGAACAAAUCGGCAUGGUUUUUACAGUUGAUGGAUUUGAAAUUUAUCUAAUCACAUUCUUGGUGACUUUUGCACA